AUGGUGACACAAGUCUUGGUCGGUGCCUCAAGCGUGCUCAUGAAAUCUCAAUGUGAAUUGCAACAUGGCGAGCUCCGAAUCCAUUUCAACAACCUCGGGGGCCACGGCCCGGGGCAUUUGGACGAGCCAGCGAUUUUGCGCUUCGACAACUGCGCCUCCACCGUGGCGGGAGCGAGUGGAGAGCGGUCACAGGUGGAUGUGGUGAUCCGCGCCCUGAGCGCCUACACUCCGCAGCGCGCGGAGUUGAACGGCCGCAUGGGCGGGCAGCGGGCCAGCGUCAACGUGGGGCGCCCUGGUGUGGAGGUGGCUGUUGAGACCUCCGUCUCCCUGGAGAUCUCCUUGAUGAAACCUGAGGAGUCACAACACUUGGAGCCGUUGGAAGUCUCAGAUCUCCUCGUGACCGUUUAUGACGUGGAGGAGCCAGAGCGAAGUUUGGCUGCAGAUGGUGAACUCGAGAUUGGCGGCUUUCAGGGGGAGUUGACCAAUGCAAAAGGUGACUGCAAAAGCAUCAAAAUUGGGAUUUCACCAACCAUGCGUUUGUCCAGCAAAGAAUGGGGAGUGGCUCGUGCGCUGCAACUACGCAAGCACGGCGUCGCUCGGUGGGACGACGUGGUUCUUAGGAGAAGGGUGAGGACAUCACUAUCAACCUUGUCCAACCACUCACACGGUGCUGUGGUGAAGCAGGCGCUGAAAAUGGAAGCUGAGUACGGUCGGUACAAAAUCAUGCGGCAGGUCUUCUCAGUGCCUAAGGGCCCGGCGCCCAGCUUCUUCUUCCAUCAGACGACAGAGGUGACGUUGAAGCUCAGCGCCAAGCAAGCGGGAGGUAAUGCCAUGGGAAGUCUCCUUGCUGGGAGAAGUUUCUUCAUCACCCUGCAGUCCCCAGAUUUGGAGGCGCCUGAACCCCUACCUCAACCGGACCCUGUGACGCUGGCGCCGCUGGCGCCGCCUUCCCCGCGCAUGGUGGCGCUGGCGCGACGGACGCAGAGCACGCCAAGCCCAGGCAUGUCUGAGUCCAAUGGCUUUGCAACUUGCCUGGAAGUGCUCAGCGCAGGGGACUUGGAGGCCUUUUUUCCUUCGAGUUUUGGCACCAAGAUGAUGCUGAGUCCACACAACGUGAUGUACAACAAUCUGGGUGGUCUUGGCCCUGUACACUCGGACCCUCCUGUCAUGCAGUAUCAUGCCGCCUGUUUUCAGCAGGGAAGGCCUAUAGAUGUAGUCUUUGACACCGACCGCAGCUAUCAUCCUAGCGCCAACGGCCUCAACGCGCUCCUGGGGCAUCACUACAGCGCUUCUAUCAAUGUAGCGAUGAACAGCACUUUAAAGUUACUGGUAGAGUUCCGUUCCGAGGACCGGCCCUUGUCUCUUCGUCGCCUCUACCUGUCAGUCAGCGAUACUGAGGAUGAGGAGUCCAGUGUCUCAAGUCCUGACACCGUGGUGGCAGAGGACUUUGAGGCUGUGAAGCUUCCUAGCAGCAACACCUGGAGUACUCCUUCUGUGCUGGGCGAGGACUGGAGUGCCCCCGUGGGCGGCGCAUCGCCAGUGAUCUUCACCUUUUGGAACGUGCAGAAGGUGCACCUGACCCUGCGCGCGCAGCCGAAGCCAGGCGCUGUGGUGGAGUUCAACGAAGGCCGGAGUUUCUUCAUCUCCAUGUGGUCACCGGAUGUGGACGUGCCACAGGCGCCGGCGCUGCCGGUGCUUGCAGCUGCUCCGCUGCCUGCAGGCGCCGCACAUGCCACAACACUUCUUUCGACCACCACCCUUCUUUCGACCACAAGCACAGAGGCUCUUGAUUUGCCCGAGUCUCUGGGACCCUGGCUAAUGCUUGGGCGAAGCAAUGUGGUCUUCAACAACCUGGGCGGCCGCGGUCCUGGUCACCUGGACGAACCCAAGGAGUUGCGCUUCGCGCACGUGGCCGUGCGCGACGCGGCGCCGGUGGACUUGGUCCUGCAUGCCACCAGUAGCUACCACCCGGGCCUCGUGGCACUCAACGGCGGCGCCGGAAACGCCAAGAACGGUCCGCCCCAUGCGGUGGUUAACGUGGCCUUAGGCAGAUCUUUGAGCUUAGACAUGAAGCUCGUGAAGCACCAGCAG